UGCAGGAACGUCAUUUCCUUGUUACCGGAAGCACAGGGCACAGCCGCACUCGGGUAGAGACUGUGCUGCAUUGUCGCCAGGGUUUUCAGGUAGAGAUGUAGUCUAACGAGUGGUAACUAUCUAAAAGCAUGGAAGACCUGACUGACUUCUUGAGACGAAGAGAAGUCUCUGAGGAAAUAAUACAAACCCUGGAGAAUGAGAAGUGAAUUAUUUUUCCCUCUGUAGAUCGAUGCCAGUGUUAUAAAUCUGAUGUCAGAUGAGGAGCUGAAGACUUAUCUACCAUCAUAUGGUGAUCGCCUUGCAGUAUUUGGAUUUUGCAGACGGCAGGGCAACAGCCGAAAGUCGACGCUUUUUGAACGUCUGAAAACCAAAUUGUCCAAAAGAAAAACAUCUGAAGAUGGCAGCAGCACAGCGCAAGAACAUUCAGAACCAACCCAUAAAAGAAAUGCUCUGAAGACAAAGAGAAAAAUAGAAAUAGGAUGGAUGCAUUAUGAUGAAGAUGCUGAUGUUUUCAAGCAGGUUAGAGCUAGACGAGGAGGAGGGACAAGAAAAAUGGUAAUUUGCAAGGACGCUAAGAAAAGUGACAUAUUACAGGUUGCAAAAGAUCUGUUCUUUCCAAAUGGAGGAAAUGUUCGGGGGCCCUUAACAGAUUUUGAAUGUGAUCUAAAGGAUUAUCAAGAGAUGACAGUUGAUGGUGGAUUAACAGUUGGAGAAAUGUACAAUGUUACAAAACUAAAUAUCCUUAGGUUUUACCUGACCACAAAAAAAACCCAAAGCAGCCCAGGUUUGCAAUCAUCUUCUCAAGACCAAAACUCCUCUUCUUUUACUGUUGCUACAGUUUCUUCAUUUGCUCCUUUUGAACAAGUCAGCCCUGAUGUGACACAAACUGUAGACACUACAGACAAUAACCUUUCACUCUCUUCCAUGCAGGCUGUAAGUGAUAACUCUUCUUACAGCAGUGACAUUGUUUUUGUUGGACCCGUCUCUGACAGUGAGUCAAUAAAUUUGGACGACACCCUGGUUUUAACUCCACAACCUGGCCCAACCAGUGAGAGAAUGAAAAGAGUACUAGUCGUUCACAGAGGGCAGGUAAUGCCAGAGCUCAUUUCACAUUUUAGUGCUAAUGAUCUCGAAGAUGUUGACAUUAAAAUCCAGCUUGUACUGCCUGAUGGAACACCUGAAAAAGCUUAUGAUCAUGGAGGAGUUGUAAGAGACUGUCUUUCAGAAUUCUGGAAGGAAUUCUAUGACCAGUGCACCACUGGAACUGCUUACAAAGUGCCCUUCUUAAGGCAUGAUUUUGGGCAGCAGGAGUGGGAGAGUGUGGGCAGAAUCAUUGCAUUUGGAUGGGCCACAGAGAAAUAUCUCCCUGUGAAAAUUGCCCCUGCCAUUCUGGAACAAGCUGCCUUUGGAUAUGUGAAGAGUGAUAUUGUGGAGAAUUUUCUCAAGUUCAUGCCUGAAUCUGAGCGUACAGUGUUAGAGGCGUGGCAGUCAGAUUUUAGCAGUGUGGACCAAGAAGAACUUGUAGACAUACUUGAUAACCAGAGCUGCAGAAGGAUGCCAACAGCCUGCAAUGCUACCGAAGUCCUAAUGGAGCUUGCACACAAAACACUUGUCCAAGAGCCUGCCUAUGUCAUCGAACAGUGGGCGAAAACACUCAGCACUGCAGGUGAAAGCCUUUGUGAUCUGUCUUCAGUAUAUGAAGCCCUCCAACCAAAUGUGAGAAAGGUUCUCGGGUGUUUCACUUUUCCUGAAACAAUGACGACCCAUCAGAAGGUUAUUCAGAAAUACCUAACUACAUAUGUGAAGAAUGUUGAGAAGCAACAUUUGUGCUUGUUCCUUAGGUUUUGCACAGGUUCAGACUUAUAUCUUGGAAAGAACAUCAUUGUUGCAUUUAACGAACUUGAAGGUUUCCAGAGGCGACCUGUGGCACACACAUGUGGAUGUGUACUGGAGCUGUCAAUAAAUUAUGACAGCUAUCCUGAUUUUAGUUCUGAGAUGAACAGAGUGUUGGAAUCCAAUGUGUGGGUCAUGGACAUUAUCUAAUACUUUAAUUCACAAACACUGGAUCUGGACCCACAGAUUUGUACAAGAGAUUGUAUUUGAGUUGUGCACUAAAACAGAACUGUUACAAUGUGAAUCACAUGUUUCAAAACUGAUUCCUGAGAAAGUUAUUGGUGAAACACUAAUUGAAUUCAACUUGAGGUACAAAAUUAGAGACUUGAAUUUAUUUGUGUGUGUUCUUAUUACACGGCAAUAUGUUUUGAAAACACUUGAUUAAUGCACUUCUGCAGAGGUGUCAAAGUGGCAGCCUGGAGGCCUUUUUAUAAAAAUUCCUAUUGCCUCAUUCAGCAUCUGCGCAUACCAAGUUAAAAAUCAAAGUAUCUUUACACAUUUAUAAAUUUUUUCUAUAAUUUCAUUAGCCAUACUC